AUGGAGGUUCCUCUCGGCUCGUCCUCAGGCCUGGAGGCCAGGCGGGUCUCCUGGCGCCAGGCCGACCAGCUGGUCACCGAAUCUUCUCAUCGGGCCGAUGCGAGCCGAGCUGGAGCUAAACGGCUCGCGGCUUCCGGGCACCGGCCAUUCGUGGCAGUCUUCGCCUCCAGCACGGCCUUUGCGUUCAGCAUGCGGUCUGCACGGAGGCCAAGGCCGCUGCUGCGGUCGCUGCGCACUGGCAAGGCGACAUCGACACCUCAAGAAGGCAGUGAAAAAGCUGCCUUUUGGUCCAUCUGCCUCGUGGCAGUGUACAUCAGUUGCGACGUGGGUGUGAACCUCUGCAGCGAGGCUGCUUCCCAAGGCUAUCAGAAGGCCAGUGCCGUGCUGGUCACCUCUCUGGUCUCCGCGGUCAUCGGUGCCGUCUGGGCAGUUCGACAGGACGGAUGGAGGGGACUGCAACAGUGCGUGGCGCCGGAGAACGUCUUCUAUCGUUCCAACUUUUUUGCUUCCGUGUUGUUUGCUUGUUCGAGCAUCUCGCUCCUCAAGGCCUUUGAGAAACAGAGUGCUGCUUUCAUCAAGCUAGUGGGCCAGUUGAAGCUACCACUGGCUGCCUUUCUGGCGCGGUACUUCCUCGGCAAGAG